CAUGGAAAGUCAUUCGAUCAUUGACUGUACUGCAGAGCUCCAGGGUCUAACGUUGAACACGCCCGUACCAUACUAUAGACUUCCAUUUUACCCUGAUUUUUCAAUUUUUGUUUUUUUUUUUGCUUACCAGUACAGACUCUGGAGUACAGAAAAUGAGACAGGGAGUGAGGAGAGGGAGUGAAGGAAAACUGUUGCAACUUUAGAUCGCCAUUUUCUUCAUUUGCAAGCUCGCUUGAGUGUUUCUGGUUUUUGAUUGUAAGCAGGAAUUGUAGAUUUGAGGUGUACAAGUCCCACAUUUGGUAGUGUGCUCUAGGUAUUUGUUGGACCUAUUCUCCUUGCCAUGGGGAAAUCACCAGCAAAAUGGGUUAAGACUGUGCUGUUCGGAAAGAAGUCAUCCAAAAGUAGUACUUCAAAAGGAAGGGAGAAGUUUGUAAAUGAGAAAGAAAUAUCGGUUGGUUCCAAGGCAUUAGAAGCGAACAUGCCUUUAAUUCCCUCUGGUGCCUCUCAUUUUAUCCCUGAUACCAGUGACAGAGAUGAAAAUAUGUUAGAACCAGAGAGUAUGAAUGCUGCCAAUUUAUCACAAAAUGGAAGAACAGCGUUGCCUGCAAAUCAUGUUGCAGAUUUGCAAGGUUCCAUAACCCAACAUGCAGCAUCUGAUCCUGAACAACUGAGGCUAGAGCAAGCUGCGACAGUGGUGCAAGCUGCUUUUAGGGGCUACUUGGCACGACGUGCAUUUUGGGCUCUGAAUGGCAUAAUAAGGCUACAAGCACUUAUCCGUGGCCAUUUGGUUAGAAGACAAGCAGUUGCUACUUUUUCAUCUAUGCUAGGACUUGUCAAGAUACAGGCACUUAUUCGUGGGAGAAAGAUCAGGUGUUCAGAUAUUGGAUCAGAAGUGCGUGAAAAGUGUAGUCUACCAAAGCCUCUGGGGGAAGAGAUCAGAAGUUCUGUUGGAAUUUAUAUGCCUAUGCUGACUGGGAAACUGUCAACAAAUGUUUUCAUACAAAAGCUCCUUGCAUCAUCUCCUACUCCGAUGCCCUUGACCCUCAAUUAUGAUUCCAGUGAACCGAAUUCAGUCUUAAACUGGUUGGAUCGCUGGUCAAAGUCUCAAUUUUGGAAACCAGUUCCACAGCCAAAGAUAUAUCCAAAUGCUAACCUGCAGGUUAAGCAGGGAGAAGGUCAUACUGUGGGAGCUGAAAUAGGGCGGCCAAAGCGCAGUGUUAGGAGGAUCCCUGCUGCAAAUAAUGUUUACAAUAGCUCACUACAUGCAACCACUGAGAUUGAAAAACCAAAGCGUAACCUCAGGAAAGUUUCAAGCCAUCCAGCAGAACCAGCACAAGAAAAUCCGCAAAUUGAACUUGAAAAGGUGAAGCGUAACUUGAGAAAGGUUCAUAACCCCACGGCUGAAGAUUCUGUCCAGGCAGAAUUUGGAACUGAGAAGCCAAAGCAGAUGCUGGAAAAGGAGUCAAGCAAGUUGGGGGAAUAUGUGUUGGAACCGAAUGGAAAUGCUUCAGGGGAGAAGAAGAAAGAGACGAUCUCAGCUACUACCAAACUUCUAGAUGAUAUGAACGGGGAGACAACCUCGAUGUCCAUCCGGCCUGAUGUGAGGAAGAAAGAUAUAAUAGGGACAUCAGAACUGCCUGAUGUGAUGAAAAUAGAGACAACUUUCACAGCAUCCAAACGAGACGAUGGUGAAACAAAUCAAGAGACAUUAGAAACAAAUGGGGCAUUAGAUUUACCUCAUGAUGAUCAAGUUGCAGUUGAAUCAAAUACUUAUACUAUACACAAUGGUCAAGAUGAAAGUCUCUCGAUAACAAAUGGGGAAUCAGGUCGUAAAGAUGAUUCAACAAACAAUGGGAAUCAGAAAUCAAGUAGGAAUUCAUCCACUCCAGCUAAGCAAGAUCGUGCAGAGAAUGUUCUACUGAACAGUCCUACAUUGCCAAGCUAUAUGGCAGCUACUCAAUCUGCAAAGGCAAAGUUGAGAUUGCAAAGCUCCGUGGAGAAAAAUGUUGUCCGGCGUCAUUCUUUGCCAUCUACUAAUAGCAAAAUCAACUCUCAGUCACCCAGGACUCAGAGAAUGGUUCAGGCCAGUGGUAAAGGAGGGAAUAGAAGUGACAAAUCUGUUUUAUCUUCAAGGGAUGGAAAUGCAAAGGUGACCCAGGCUGAGUGGCGAAGAUGAUUCUCGACGUUUGUGCUCCUGGAGUCUUUGGAUUUCUCAAGUUUGUAUGAGCUACCAAGUUCUUCUGCCGUCGUCGUUUGGUGCAUUUGUCAUGUAAAAUUAUGUCGGAAGACUAAAAGGAGUGUGUAGUUGUUAGUUUCAUAUUGACUCUUGAGUGUAUAUCUUGGGUUUUGGAGCUACAAUUGCUUCCAUCAUACAAACAUUAAAACUCUUUUUGUUUGGUUUUGGCUUGAUUGCUUGCAGCUAAUAGCGUUGAUGUUACGGUACA